CAAUGAACUUCUUCAGUUUAGCUUAUACCAGCACUUUCCUCCUUAAAUACUUAUUCUCAUUGGGGUCAUCCAAGUUUAUCAAAAAAAUAUAUUAAAUGGAUUAAUAGUUCGCUAGUAAAUAUCUUGGCAUGCUGGUUGUCUUGCUUUCAUCUACAGUAUAAUCAAGGAAUAUCCAAAGGCCGACAUAUAAUUUACAUUCGUUGAUCCAAAGCUUCAUAUUGUAACUACAAAUUCAUUAAUUUCAAAACUUUAGUUUGUCUAUUUGCUUUCGUUUACCAAAUUUGGUUUUCGUAAUCUAACUGUCCCUGACCUUGCAAAUGUCCACGAAGACUUUUAGUGCUUCAAAGCCUGCUUGGACCACUGAUAAGGUUAUAAAAUCUCUUACAUAUCCCGAGCAUUGCUCUAUCUCACUUGUAGAACGUCUUCGCGCUACUCUCACAACGAACAAUGUCAAGUCUUCUCAUGGAUGGACAUCUGACUUACUUCUCACAGCUUUAAAAUCCGCUCUUGAGAAUAUGGCUAAACGUUGGGCAGAUUUGCCAAGUGAAAAUAAAUUGCAGAUAUGCCAGGCAUUUUCUUCUCUUCGUCGCUCUGCUUCUUCAAAAGCCCAAUUGGAGAUUAAAUUACUUUAUGAUUGCUGUUGCUACCUGAUGGAUAGAUUGGCCUUUAAUCAUGAGUCAGAUGCACAACUUUACAGCUGCAUUCGAGCUAGAUUGGCCAUUGUAAACAGGCUUUUGGACAUGGAAGUUACGGAGCCUGCCAUAUUUCAUCUUAGUAAGGUCUAUUAUAAUUUUUGUUCAUUAUUUCAAUCACUUUCUCCAAGAUUUAUGAACAAUUCGUCAUAUAUCUCUUCAGGAGCCUUAACAAUGUCAGCCGUCGAACUGCAAAAUUGCCUAUAUUUCCCCCUUCCUAGUCUCUCACUUGCCCAAGGUGCUUGUUCACUUCUAGUGACCUUCCAGCUCAAUGUUUUAAGAUGUCUUACCUUAUUCCCAAAUUUCUGUCUUUCCCUUUCUACAAUUCAGAAUUUGAUGAAAGAAACAGGUCCAUAUGCUUCUUGCUUGAGAUUAUUUUCCCUAAAUGAAGAACUCGGGCUAUCCAGGAUAGAAAUUUUUGCAAGAUUUCUCUCGAGAUUUGCUCUUACUGAACAGAAUUCAUUGCAUUCCUUGUAUUUAUUUGCUUACUCUCUUCAGUCCUGGCUACAUAUAGGAAGGUCUUUCAUGUUAAAACAUGCCAUCGCUUUGCCAGAGUCAAUAGAAUUACGGGUUGUCAACUUAUUUCAUAAACUUUUUAAUGCUUGCGAUCCUUCCGUCAUUAAUAUUGAUCAAUUAAAUGAGAUUUAUGAGGGAAUCCUGUUUGGAAUUGACUUUUUAAAUGUAGACAACAGAACUGAGCUGAACCUGAGAGUAUCUGAUACUUAUUACCAGUAUAGCGAUGUUACAGCGUGUUUUUCACGACUAACGGAUGGUAUUGAAUCUUCUAUAGGUGAAAGGAUAGCUAAAUUAAAAUACCUUCUGCUUAUGUUUCGCCUCUCCUUGAAAAAAGAUUGUCCCAAAGUCUCCUUUGAUAUUGUCUCGGAAAUCAGUACUUCCGUUGAACUUCUUAAUUCGGAUUCCAUUCGUCCGAACGAUCUUAUUUAUUUCCUUAAUGUAAUUGACAAUAUAUUUUCUUAUCCUCCACAUACGUCUCCUGAUGGCCAUGAUAAAGUUAGAACGUUUUCGGUGAUGGCCUCCUUUGCGCAUGUCAUUUUGGCUGCUAAUCGAGAGUUGACAUCAGAUAUCGAAGCAAACAAGCUAUCAAAAAAGGUGAAGCGCUUUCUUUCUCUUUCAUUUUAUCAGUUACGUUCUUUGAAGGAAACCGAAAUUCCCUUAGAUACCUUUAGAUGCUUUAUCCAAGUUGCAAUUAAAUUUCAGGAGCCCGAGUUUUCUCAAAAACUAUCAAAUUUUUGUUACAAUAACAGUGUAAAAUCCAAACAUACAGAUCUCUCUAUUCGAUAUAUUGACUUAAGCGUUUCUAUAACACUGUGGCACAACUUACUAGAUGAUGAGACAUUUAUCUUGAAACUCGUGAAGUGGCUUCAAUUAUUGGGAGAAAAAUCGACGAAAGAUUUCACUUUAAAAAAGGUCUCAAAUAUGUUGGAAUUUCACUUCACACAGCCUUCAUUCAAGGUUACCGCAUCUCUUACUAAACUGUUGAAAUGGAUUAUUAGAAGUAUGCAUUCGCUCGGAGAAAGCCAUUUAAAAAUUUACAUCUCAUGUUUGAGUAUCACUGUCCUGAAAGCUAUAAGUAAAGAAAUGCUUGAUUCCAAAGAACAUGGCCCGAGUAUAAUAUCCAUACGAGUUCUUGCAGAAAUGUUCGAUAGGGAAGUGGACUUAUCAGAGAAGGCAAACAUUCUUUGCCUAAUGUCAUGCACGGUGUUUAAUAAUGCAAGUCUUAAUUUGUGUUACUCAUCAUCUAUAAAAAGAAAGAUUGAGGAUUUACAAUCGUGCGCUUCAAAAUGCCCAAAAUUUCACCUACAUAGAAUUAUUCUCGAAAUAUGGGAUUUUUUAAUAAAGUACCAAGCUAACCGUUGCUAUGAAAUUCCCUUACAAUCUUUGCUUAAAAGGUUAUCGGAUUUCGUGCUUACAUCUCGGCCACCAGCGACCCUUGUAGAAUUGAGCGAUAGAGACAUAUAUACCUUUUUGACCGCUUCUUUCAGUAUUUUUCAUGUUAUUGAAGUCUUGGGCGACUAUUGCUCGGAACUCCUAUUGUUGGAAACUGUAUAUGAACUUCUUAAAAACUACUUAUCCAAUCCAGCAGGGAGAUACAUUGUCGUGAUAGUUACUCUGCUUGCAAAUAAAUAUGUGUCUUUGGGGUUUUCGGGUAAAGCGCACCUUUGCUUCUCUAGAGCUUAUAACUUUUUUAAAAAGCAAAAUGGGACACAAGAAUGUUUCGAAAAUUUUUGGAGAGUAUCUUUCGCUAAAUAUUUAAUUAUUACGGGUAACGCUGAAAAGGGAGUUUUACAAUUGAAGAACUACAGUACGACAAAGAAGGGACUAUUUACAGGACUACAAAAUUUGGUGGUCUUAGAUUAUUUGUUGAUGUAUGAAAGGUUCCAAUUUUCCGAAGCAGUGUAUUUAUUAGGUCACUCUUCUCAGGCGUUGCACAUAAUAACGCAAAAUCUGCGGAUGAUGAAAUCUUUUUUUUCUAUGUCUAUAGACAAAAUGCAUUCUAACAGUACUGAAUCGAGCUUGCCAUGGGAAUUGGCUCGGAUUGCUGUAAUGUCUAAUAACCUCACUGCUCAGAUUUAUGAACAUAUGGGGCAACUGAGGGAAGCAAUGUAUUUCACUAAACAAGCAUGCUUAUUAGAAGAAACUAUAUGCCCCUUAUUCAGUGCUUACUGUUCUAAAUUAUCGUUAUGCUCUUUGCUCGCGAAAGCUGGGCGAAUUGAUGAAAGCGAGGUUAUUAUUCAGGAAAUAGCGGAUUUAGAGCAAUCUUCUAGCUUCCAUCAAAAAUAUCUUUGGAACCUAGUGAAUGCUGAAAUAGACUAUUCGAAAGGGGAAUUAAAUGGUUCAAUUAGACGUUAUUCGCAAUGUCUAGAUUUAUUAGAUUUUUUGAAGCAAGAAGUUCUGUCUUUUAUUCAGUUGUGUAAAAAUAAUCGUUCUUUAACGAAAGGAAUAAAAAGGUUAAGUUUGUCUAAUUCAGCCUAUCCAACUGGAAAAGAAAAGCUCUUUGACUUGGAUUGUUCGAUUUUAGAUGACAAGGCAGCCAAAGUGCUUCAAAGAAUUGCGUUGAUAGAAAUAAAAAGAGGAAAUUUGGAUGAAGCAAGGUCGUUGAUGAAGGCAUCAUCUGGAAAAUUUAUUGGUGAUUUUUCUAAUGUCGUGUCUCUGCAAAUCGCAAAGGCAAAAAUAGCGUUAAGUGAAGCCAAUAUGACUCUACGAGGUAAUCCAGCUCUAAGCACCCUCCAAGAUUCUGUUGUGUCCUUACCUUGCAUAACCGAAAGACAGAUAGUUGGUGUUCAUGGGAAAUUAAUUGCCGCGUCGCCAAACAUUCAAAUUUCGAAAAGAAAGCAAGGGCAUCUAAAUCUUUUAAGAGAAAAGCUGAAAACUAUUUUGCUGAACAUUCGUUUGAACUGCGAAUUAAUUUUCUUUAAUACAUUUGAACGAAGUUCAGUAGAAACAUGCAGAGCUGUUAACAACUUGAUGACUUUUUCUUCAAUCAUGCAAAGUGCUAUAACAAGUUUAGACGAAAAAAAUACGUUGAAUUCUGUCACUACGUCGUUCUUUAUGGAGAUUCCCCGUGCUCUAGGUUUCCAAAGAAAGUUGGUGAAUUCUAAAUCGGUAUGGCAAUCGCAUUCCUAUAAUGAGAGUGAAAUUGUCAAUAUGAUAUCCGAAAGUAAAUCAAAAGCUCCACGUUUUGAGGAAUUUGAAGAGUUUAUAAACCAGCUACCCUCAACUUGGAAUGUAAUUUCUCUAAGCAUUAACGAAUCGAAGGAAGAGCUUUUCGUGACAAAAUUAAGGAAGGAAGCAGCCCCUUUAAUUUUUCGAUUGCCUUUAAAACGCCACAGUUCUCAGGCAGUAGACGAGGACGUUUUGAGUUUUGACAAAGCACAGUCAGCAUUUGGUAAAAUAAUUGCUAAAAGUAACGAAACAGCACAAAAUGGAAAGGACUAUACUACUAAACAAGACAAGGAAUCAUGGUGGAAACAACGAAGAGAACUAGAUAGUAGUUUAGCCAAGCUCUUAAAGAAUAUAGAGCUUUUCUGGCUUGGUGGAUUUAAAGGUAUUUUCUCAAACCAUAAACCAGAUAUGGGUCUAUUUUUGAAAUUCAUUCAUCAAUUGUAUGAUAUUAUGAGAAAAAACCUUAACUUUUCGGAUCUGGGGAAUACUAUUGAAUUGUCAUCUGGUAUACUGGAACUUUUCGUCUCUCUUGGAUCGCCUGACCAAGAUAAUGUUGAUCAAUUGCUUGAAGAUCUUAUAUACUUCGUUCUCGACAUAUAUCAGUUUCAUGGGCUACAAUUCGCUUAUGAUGAAGUUGAUAUGGACCAAAUGAUCAUAGACGUUAAGGAUGCACUAAGAGUUUACCAUAAUAACUACGAUCCUGAAAAAAGUACUAGUCAUACCGUACUUUUGUUGGAUAAGAUGGUCCAUAAAUUCCCAUGGGAGUCGUUGCCCUGCUUGCAGCAGCUGUCAGUAUCAAGGUUACCAUCCAUUUCCAUCUUAAAAAGUAUCAUAUGUAAAGAAGUUCGUCCAGAGCCAUUUAUCAAGGUAAAUAUUGACUCUGGCUCUUAUAUACUUAAUCCCAGUUUAGACUUAAAACAUACGCAAGAUAUGUUCGAAGCAGAAUUAUCUGCUACUGGAUGGAGGGGAAUUAUCGGACGAAGUCCUUCGAAUGAAGAGUAUAGGUCUAUGUUAUCAGACUAUGACUUUUUUCUUUAUUUUGGCCAUGGCGGAGGUGAACAGUACACAACUUCGAGAGAUUUGGCGGCGCUUAAUAAAUGUGCCGUGAGUAUUUUAAUGGGUUGUAGCUCAGGGGCAUUACACGAGUGUGGUAUAUAUGAGCCUUGGGGGACUCCUUUGAAUUAUUUGGGUGCUGGUUGCCAAACUUUGGUAGCUAAUUUAUGGGAUGUAACGGAUAAAGACAUUGAUCGGUUUAGUGGUGCAAUGCUCUCCUAUUGGGGUGUUUUUUCUGGUAAAAAAAGCGCAGAAACAUUCAACAUAUGUGAGGCAGUUAGCAAAAGCCGUAAACACUGUCAUCUUCAGUUCUUAAAUGGCGCUGCCCCUGUCGUUUAUGGAUUACCUGCCUUUGUCACUAAAAAUAUUUCAAAUGAUGUUUAUGCAUAAUUUUUUUGAAAAUAUUUAUUUUCUUUUUUCUAUAUCUGUAAAAAUAAAAUGAAUUUAAUUCCUCGAAGUCAUAAUGAAAUAUUUAUACAUAUUUAUGCUCUAGUGAUGCGAAGCAUAGUUGGCACGAAGUACUGAAUCAUAGCUGCAAAUAAAUCAAGCGUUGGGAUUCACAAUGGAUGCAGUUGUGGCAUUGGGAGCGGAAGUUGUAGGAGUGGGAGUAGAAUUUCCAAGGGUUGCAUGUUUGUGAAUCCAAUCACAGACUUG